AUGAGGACAAAAAGAAAGAUCAUAAUUCUGAUACUUGUUUUCACAGUACUUUUCAUACUUUCCAUAGGUGUCAUAAUUAAGGAGAGACAUUUGAAGACAAGCUCGCAAACCUCUCACGGUAUGAGCAUAUUGAGCAAUAGUACCAAUAAGACAUAUGAUAUAAGCUCCGAUAGGACUUUAUCAAUUGAGGACGAGAAUCUUUCUUUAAAUUCGCUAAAUAAUAUGCCAAAAGAAAACGAAGUUAUGGAUAAAAUAGAUAGCAGCUUUGCUUUAAUUCUUAGAGAGGAUAAUGGAUUGAUAAGGAAAGAGGAUUCUUGUAAUUCUCGAAAUAAUACAGAGUCCAUCGAAAAUAAGCUAUUUAAGCGCUCCCCAAGGCUUAUUUCAUUUGAGGUUAAAGAAAAAAGUUCUACGGGAGAAUAUCUAUUCAGUUUAUUGAGAAAGACAAUCGACAACAUCUGUAGCUGUUCUCCUUCUGGUGGAAGGAAAUAUGAGAAAUCUGAAAUUACCUCCGACCACAUAGGACUUAUUAAUCAUUAUAUGAAGUCUUUUAGGAUACUUGUUUAUAAGCUUGAAGUAAUGUAUUCUGAUGGUUUUGAAUUAGAAAAUAUUUAUACUCCAUAUUCUGAUUCAAUUGAUUGUUUUACAGGAAUUAAGCUUACAAGAUAUCACACUGCAGAUUCCUUUACAAAGAAUGAGCAGAGGUACACAUCAUAUAUAAAUCAAUUUGUUGAUACAGAAGCAGCAAAUAUUCCUAUAAAUGUGGAAGGAAAGGGCCAAUCUUGUUUGAAUGUCAGAGAUCAUAUAGUGUAUACUCUACUUCAUUACGUUUGCCUCUUCUAUUUAAAAUCUUGGAAAACCAUAGAUAUGCUUUAUACGAAGUUAAAUGUCGAGAAACUAAGUGCGUCGAAUGUCGAUCUAUCAAAAAUUAUCAACGGAUAUAAGUAUAAGGAUAUAAUAGAGACAGUGAGGCCAAUUCAUUUUGUAAAUACCAAUGGUUGUAUAGUAAGACCAUUGAUAAUGGAAUAG